AACAACAAACAAACAAACACGGAAUUAAAGCUGUGUGGACCCUGCCUAGCGCCAGACGUUACUGAAGUAACAUCUUUUGCAUAGCUGCGGGAAUAAUCUUCCAGUGUAUAUUGAUUUUCUGCUUGUCUGUGGUGUGUUCUUUUCAACCGUUUGUUUACUUCUGUAUGAUCAACUCACUCUUCUCAUCUCCUAUGACGGAUUUGUUCCAAUCUUGUCGGCAAUAUGGAUGUUCUUGAUUGCAACUGCAGCGGAAAGAAGUCCUAUGGAAGAGCAGAGGAGGAAGGAAGUGUUCUCAAGCUGCGUCGCCGACAUUGUCUACGAGCGAGUACUACUCAUGGGCCCUGGUCGCGGUGGAAAAACUGGAGUGUUGAGGUCGCUGCAAGACAAGAAGUUCACGAAGACCGUCAGUACACUUGGCAUAGACAUGGAAAAGCUUACCUUCACCCUGAAUAAGAGCAAAAGAGGAGUGUACCAAUUGGAGCCAACGGAUGCGUCACAUCACCUAGCCCUGCUGUCUGCCUCAAUCGUCGACAAAAUUAUCGGUGCUGGAGCUGACUCUCGGCAAAGUGAUGUCCGCGGUACAAACGCCUUCCAGCGUCUGGCAGGUGGAGCAGCUGGUGCAGCUGGUGCAGUUUGGGGCACGUUUUUCAAGCGUCUGGAUGAGACUUCUGGUUUGGGUGAGAACACACUGUUUGUUGACGUGUGGGAUUUGGCAGGGCAGAUGCCAUUCCACGCGUUACACGACCUUGUGUUUUCACCCGAACGCACCACCUACUGCGUCGUCUUUGAUGCCAGCAUCACACCGGAUACACCGUAUGCAGAUAUCCUGACUGAUGAAGAUGGCGAGGACAAUCAGCUCAACAUCAACCAACCCACCUGUACCUACUUUGAUGUCAUCGAUUCAUGGCUAUGUACAGCCCGCGAAGCACUUACCGACAACUCCACAGCGCCGAUUUUCCUCAUUGGCACACACCUGGAUCGUAUGUCGAAAGAAGAUGUUCGCAAAAGAAGGAAACAACUGCAACAACUGACGCUCGGCAAGAAGUAUACUGACAGCCUCCAUCCGAUCAUCUUUGUUAACAACACUCUGUCUGGGUCAAAAGUUGACCAAGGAGUUGCAGAGUUGCGUGAACAGUUGGCCUGCGUCAUUCAAUCCCGUCGCAGAGAGAAGUUGCCAAUCUCGUGGCUGCCAUUCCCAGAGGUACUGGAGGCGAUUGCACAGGAGACGUCAUCAUUCAUCAUGAGCUAUGACAGGGUAUGCAGCAUCGCUCAUGAUGCAUUUGGUGAUGCUGACGUGGAUGUGCCUCGUCUCUUGAGCUUGAACCAGUCGCUUGGCUAUCUCAUUGUCUUUGAUGAUGAGGGUAGCCACUUUCCAUCGGCUACAGCUAGUAUGCCACCUGUUGGAGCAACACAAGCAUCAUCAGCAUCCACACCACGAGCAGCACCACUACAAUCACCAGCAGCAGCAGCAGCGCCCACGUCACAACCUCAGCCACAAGCCAUGGCAGAAGGAGUAGCAGCCGCAGCUUUUGGCCAAAGAAAAAAGGUUCUAGCUAGCACCCCAUGGCUGAUGUUGGCAUCCAAGGCUGUCCUUUUGCCAGCACCGUUGCUGAAUAAGCAGGCUCGCGAGUUCAAGGAGCAGUACAAGCUGCUGAAGGAUGGCAUCCUGUGUGAGUCGUUAGCCAUUCACCGAUGGCAGCAGGAGAAGGCCACGGAAGGUCUGGUGCGAUCUCGGGAGCAGCGUCGGAGUCUCUUUUCACUGCUAGCAUCUCAUGGCGUAGUCUAUGAUGCUGGCGAAGAUGAUCCAUUUUGUACAGGGUACAAAGUCUAUUAUGUGCCAGCCCUUGCCCAGUGUAAGCCGUCACAAGCGCUAGAGUCCAAAUCAGCGCCGCUCUACUUGGUUGACGAAGAUCCAGACAGGAGCAUCACUCAAGCGCAUUUUGGCCGAAUCACCGUGCGAUGCUUGCAGAAGUACAAACCAGACCGGAAGAAGGAUUUGCGCAUGGGCCUCGAAGUUGCAAUGAGAUGCCAGAAUGAGUUUCAGCUUCAGCUCUCCUAUUCUUCCAGUGCCAUUUGCAUCACAGUGGACAGCGACAAGAGCGAGAAGACAAUAGAUCACUGCGAGUCUGUUGUUCGCUUCAUUCUCAGUGCCACCACAGAGCUGCAGCAGCUGUAUGGCCAGCGCCUGCUGCGCCUCCAUCCCAGCAUUGCGUGCCUGUGCCGCUAUGACCGGCCAUGCCAGCUUCAUGACCAGCAGCACUGCAGGAGCACCGGAUGCCAGCACUUUGCAGAGAUUGGCGAAGACGUCCGACCAAUUCGCUGUGGCCUAAGGCAAGCGCAUACCGACCGGCCAACGUGGGAUAGAUGGAUCAAGCCGUUCUACCCGGAGUGCAAUGUUGAUGACUUGUGUCGCUUAGUUGUUGACGGCGCUGCUGGAAUGAAUGACGACGACAAUCCUUGGUGUGAUAUUCGCUACAAGAGGCACCAUCAGUGGUUUGUCGAGAGACUUCCACCACGGGAGACUCGCCUUGCGGCGGUCUCGAACGGGCUGAUUAUGGAGGGUUUUCAACGCUGCCUGAUGGAUCGCAGUAUUCGCAAUGAUCACAACGAAGAAUUUCUCAGAGAGGUCUCUGCCGGUGGUCGUAGGACAUUCAAGCUGUUCCUGGAGGUCCUUGAUGAGCUUGGCUACAACUUUGUGAAUGUGCGGGCGAAGCUGCAACUGCUAGUGUCUUCUGAUACUGAAAGCACUGCUGCCAUGACCAGUGCAGUGAGUGCUAGUGGAGUGUCUCAUCCGCAGGUGUCCGCACUUCAGUUCAUAGCAGGGGCAACGAUGACAGAGUCUGGGAGAAUGUUGGAAGAAAUCCGUGACCAAGAGAGUCUCUGCCGCCAACUGAACGCAAUCUUCAGCGAGGAAGAGCGAGAUGAGCUGGCCUGUGCUGUUGUGGAGGAAGUGACUGGAGACUGGGAGAACGCUGAGCAGGUCAUCAAAGAUUCAUGCCGCAGACGUCGUAAGCAAGCUCCUGAUCAUCGUGAUGCGAAGGCCAUCCUCAGCUACUGGAUUAGUAAGCGUACCAGUCCACCGUGCACAGAUCACAUGAUCAAGCUGGUGCGUGAGGUUUGUCCCUUGCGUGUCUGUGACAUCAAGGUGCUGCUGAGUACGACUGAGCCAUCCAACUGAGCCAGUGACCUGUUUACGCCACUCCAUCACCAUGGAUACCAGCAUCAAGAUGGCUACCAGCAUCACCAUGGGUCACCAUGGAUAUAAGUAACACAAGUACAUGUGAUCAUUGUAUAUACCGUACCCUGGAACAACAGUAGCCGCAGCUUUAGUUCUGCUUAACGUGCUACGCUGUAUGUCAUGUCAUAGCCACCCUCCGAGUUUCUGUGCUUUCCCUCUCCUCCAACCGUUGUUGAUUCUGACCUGCUUUUCUCAGCAAGUGCAGUGCAAUGUGCUGCAAGCUGGCAUUCUUGUUUUCCAUGGACGUUGCUUGUUUUUUUUUAAUGUUCCUCUCAGUACAUGUAGUCGGUGUGUGUGUGUGUGUGUGUGUGUGUGUGUGUGUCUGUGUGUCUGUGUCUGUGUGUGUGUGUGUGUGUGUGUAUGUAUGUGUGUGUGUGUGUGUGUGUGUGUGUGUGUGUGUGUGUGUGUGUGUGUAUGAGUGUGCACACACUUGAUUGUACUUGUAGACCAUGCCCGGAUAGCUACUAGCUACAACAAGCAAUAUUUUAGUUACAUGUAGGUCUCAACAUAGGGUGUCUUCGACAGUAUCCUGUUUGCCCCCCCCCCCCCCUAACUUACAUGUAGCUGGCUGCUGCUUUUCCACUGGAGCAAUCUGUGUUUGUAGGCUUGCUUGAAAUAUCUAAUGUCCUGUCUUUAGUAGCCACUUACACACUCUAGUUAAACCGCCUCGCUAAUGCAAACUCUAACUGCACUACGCUGUGCACGUACACAGAGUGCAGCUGUAUUUGCGAAACGCUUUUUUCCUAUUUCUUGUGUGUAUGCUGCCACUAGUGCUGGUCGUGUCCGCUGUCACGUGAUUGCUGCACAUUGCUCUGUGUCUGCCUUCCAGAGCCUGUGCAGUGGUCCAGUCCGCUGGGCUGCGCUGUACAUGUAAAUACAUGAUGCUCGCUCUCUCGCUCUCUCUCUCUCUCUCUCUCUCUCUCUCUCUCUCUCUCUCUCUCUCUCUCUCUCUCUCUCUCCGCUGCUUCUUGGGCGUGUCUUGUUUUAGAUCAAACUUCUAUUAUGUGUUACUGUAUUUCUUCUAUCGCGAUGUGCUGAUGAACAGAAUUCAGUCUGUUAUGUAUUUCUAUCCCUAUCCUCACUGUACUACUACUAGUACAUGCCUUUCCUCCUAUCCUGAUUUUCUGCUAUGCAUCCCAGCCCCCUAUCCCCGGACUGUCAUGCAUCAAUUGUUUCCAUCCCUCUACAAACACUGACUGAACGGUAGCAUGUCCUAGAGUGACAGCAGCCACUUACCCCCAUGUAUGACCACAGCUAGCUGCUCUAUGUACUAGUAUUUCUAUGUGUGAGUCUGACUCCCGCCUCUCUCUCUCUCUCUCUCGUCCUCUCCUUCAUCUCUGUCUCUGUCUCUCUUUCUCCCACACAUCUGUAAUUUGCAUUUCUUUUCUUCACUGCCGACCACUGCCCAUGCAUUCACCGAACAGGCAAACCAUUCUCUCCCCUCUCGGC